AUGGCGACCAAGACCUUGGAAGCUCGCUUCGAGCACCUUUCUGUUAAGGAUGACGCCGGGAAUGGAAACAAGGGUGCUGGCUACCCAAAGCACAAGAGCUCCCUGUCAACCGCCGUCUCCCUUUCCGGACUUGGGGUCACAGGGCAACUAACUAGUGGUGCCAACCGGUCGAAUCUGCUUAAGCUGGCCUUGCAGAACACCAACGACAACAAGGUCAAUGCCAUGAACGUCCCCCAGUCACCUGGGAAAGGCACUCAGAACCAUGCAUCCCUACGCAACUUGGACGAGAACGGAGAAUACGAGCAGCCGGCACCCAGGAAACUUCAUCUAGGAAUGUUUGAAAUCGGGAAGCCCCUGGGAAAGGGGAAGUUCGGCAGAGUUUACCUCGCCAAAGAGCGUUCGUCCGGCUUUGUAUGUGCGCUCAAGGUUUUGCAUAAAUCCGAAUUGCAACAGGGUGGUGUCCAGAAGCAGGUCAGGCGGGAGAUCGAAAUACAAAGUAACUUACGCCACCCAAAUGUCCUUCGGCUGUUUGGACACUUCCAGGACAGCAAGCGGAUCUUCCUUAUACUAGAGUUCGCCGGUCGAGGAGAGCUGUAUAAGCACCUGCGAAAAGAGCACCGAUUCCCUGAAUGGAAAGCUGCGCAUUACAUUGCGCAGAUGGCAUCCGCAUUGAAGUAUCUGCAUAAAAAGCACGUUAUGCACCGUGAUAUCAAGCCAGAGAAUAUCCUGGUCGGCAUCCAUGGCGAGAUCAAAAUCAGCGAUUUUGGAUGGAGUGUCCAUGCCCCAAACAAUCGGCGGCAAACAAUGUGCGGAACGUUGGAUUAUUUGCCCCCCGAGAUGCUUACUUCCAAUCCCCAAGGCAACUUCUAUAAUGAAAAGGUCGACUUGUGGAGCUUAGGUGUUCUGACUUACGAGUUUCUUGUCGGAGAAGCGCCGUUUGAGGAUACACCGGUCAUGACGCAAAGGAGGAUUCAGCGGGGAGACAUGCAGGUUCCUUCGUUUGUGACCCCCGAAGCUAGAGACUUGAUCAAAAGACUGCUCGUGCUUGACCCCGAGAAGCGCAUUUCGCUUGACGAGAUCCAGAAGCACCCCUGGAUCCUUAAACACUGCGCCAAAGACGAUCGGAAUAUCAAACGAAGUUCAGGCUCGUCAAAGGAUGGCAAAGCGUGA